CCCGUCAGGAAGGAGAAAAACAAAACAAACCCGAGAGAGCUGUUAAACCGUGUGUACUCCAAUUGGAAAUGGAAAUAUCUUUUUAAUCAACAGUUUAACUCAAACACGGACAUCUGGCAACGGGAGUGACGUAUGCACGGGAGUCUUAAAAGAUUUGGAUACAUGCAAAGCUCAGUGUCCUUUCAUCAGCAAUGUCUGAGACCUAAGGCAUACGGAGAAACGCAACAAACGACAGACCAGACGCUUUUUGCCCUUUCUUCACAGCCUUGAAGGCUGCACCCCCCCCAGAACUUUGUGGUCAUCUCCCCCUGCAGUGUUUUAUUGUGCUGAUCAACUCAGAGCAGGGGGACUGGACAGGAGACCCAGAGGUUCCCGCCGCUGCUCUAAGCUGUGCCUGGCAAUGCCUCAGGUAAGAGCCCAGCGUCAGUGGGAUGGAGCCUCCCUUUGGGGACGCCUUUCAGAACUACUCAUUCGCUGACCAGGCCCUAACCAGCACAGAGUUGCUGGCCACCAGCUCUGACCCAGAUUUCAUGUACGAGCUGGACACAGACAUGAGCCACCAGCAGAGUCCCUGUGGGGACAGCGUGGUGGGCAUUGGAGAUGGAGGCAAAGAAGUGGAGGGAGGAGUGGAUCAGCUCAUGGGGCUGGUGGAGUGUGAAGCGGUGCACAGCACCUCAGCUUUCGAACAGUGGGACUCGUACUGGGAAGACCUCACCAGAUACACACGACUGGCCAGCUGUGACAUCUGGGGAACCAAAGAGGUAGACUUCCUUGGCCUGGAUGACUUCUCCAGUCCCUACCAGGAUGAGGAGGUGAUCAGUCGAACCCCGACGCUGGCUCAGCUCAACAGCGAGGAUUCACUGCCCGUCUGUGAGACUCUCUACCCUCCCGCUGACCUCACGCUUCCCUGCUCCCAGCCUCCAUCCCAGCUGACCCCCUCUCAAAACAAAAGACUCCAAGGCCCGGGUGCCAGCUUGGUGCGACCUUCCCCGUGCUCCACAUCCUCUUCCCAAUCCCGUCCUUCCAGAAGCCUUUUCGCAGACUUUCCUGAAAGCUCCCAAAAAGCAACCAGACCCGUUCCUUCCAGCACUGAGACUAUGGCUAAAACCCAGAACCAGCUCAGCCUCAUCCAGGACCACACCCAGACUCAGCCCAAGUCUCUGGGACGAGGGGCUAAGAUGGCUGGUCCCACAUCUCACAGUGCUGACUUUGUCCGGAAAGCCAAAGUACGUGUGAGUUCUGGACCCAAAGCUCAAAGCGAGGCGAUCCCCCAGGCAGAUUUCACGGGGUCAGAUGCGCCUCUCCCUCUUUCCCAGCCUCAAGACGAGAAGCCCUCCACUUCAGCAAGUGCCACCUUGGUGGGCCGUCCCACCCCCACAGCCAGCAGCUCAGCUAGCUUGGCAAGCCUCGAGAGGAAAGCCGAGGGGGUUUUACGGAGGGAGACACCUGUAGGAAGGUCGUCUGCUGUGCCUCCGCUGGUUGAUGCGAAGCAGACUCUGUGUGGCCCGUCUGACGCUGCAGCAUGCAGUGCCGGCAGCGGCGCGGCUUUGGUCAUGGAAGACCCGGAACAGAGCAAGGAGGAGGAACACAACUACUCUCUGUUCCUGACCCGCAGCAGAGCUCACUCGCAGUUGGAGGAAGACGAAGAGGAGGAAGAUGACGAGGAGGCAGAGGAGGACGAGGGCGACGGGCUCGACUUAGACGACGAAGACCACGAUGAGGGUUUCGGCAGCGAGCAUGAGCUUUCAGAGAAUGAGGAGGAAGAGGAGGAGGAGGAAGAGGAAGAAGAAGACGAAGACUAUGAGGCAGAUAAGGAUGAUGACAUGAGCGACGCCUUCUCCGAGCCAGGCUAUGAUAUGGAGCUGAUGGAGGACAUCAAAGGGCUGACAGCUGGAGUCUCCAGCCGUAAAAGAGGCAAGCGUCGUUAUUUCUGGGAGUACAGCGAGCAGCUCACCCCCUCCAAACAGGAACGGAUGCUGAAGCCCUCUGAGUGGGACAGACACACGCUGCCGAGCAACAUGUACCAGAAGAACGGGCCUCUCCACGGGAAAUAUAUGCUAAAGAAGUCCCGGCGCACAGAUGUGGAAGACCUAACUCCCAACCCUCGCAAGCUGCUGCAGAUCGGCACAGAGCUUCGCAAGUUGAACAAGGUGAUCAGCGACCUGACCCCGGUCAGCGAGCUGCCACUGACAGCACGGCCGCGGUCUCGAAAGGAAAAGAACAAGCUGGCGUCCAGGGCCUGCCGUUUAAAAAAGAAAGCUCAGUAUGAAGCAAACAAGGUGAAGCUCUGGGGACUCAGUACGGAGUACGAUCGGCUUCUGUUUGUGAUCAACGCCAUUAAGGAGGAAAUAAUGCUGAGAGUGGAGGACUCAUCUCCGCGCCCCACCAACAUGACGGAGACUCUUGAGCGGCUCAUCGAGGAGACGCUUGUGCCAUCACCUGUUGCCGGGCAGACUUCGGACUUUGUCAACAAGAUCUUGGAGAACACAGGACGCGGUGACCCCACCGGAGGACUGGUCGGCCUGCGAGUCCCCACCUCUAAAAUGUAGACAAUCCCUCCGUCCACCGAGCAGAGUGGACGACAUAUUACCACCGUGCUGUCCGUUGUAACUAUUCUCCCCUCUCUGCAUGCCCCUACAGCUCAGAGUAAACUCUCAUCGCCAAUCACUCAAACACACAUACCACCUCCCCCGUGCGUAGGUACGUGUGCUUGUUUUUGUCGUGCAGCUGUAUGCCAAGAACCCUGGCUUUUUCCGUCUCUGCACGCUGCGUGCUUCGUCAGUGCAUCACUGUCUCCCCGACCAUGGUGACCAGCUGUUGGGAGAAGCACAUCCACAAGCAAGUGAUGGUUAGAUGUAUCUGUAUAACAGCACCUUCCUUAAAUCCACUGGUGGUUGCUAGAUUGGCAUGACGUAGGGACUCAGGCUGCCGCUCAUAUGAGCAUAACCACUGGAAGACUUUGUUUGAGGUGGUAAUAAAGACAGAGGGAAUGUUGUUACAUGCCAGAAACAAUCACUGAUUGAAGAAGCAUAAGUUGUCAUUUAUAUAAGGAGCUUUACCCCCCCAAAAAAGUUCCAGGAUGUUAAAUUGACCCCUUCACUGAAGCACUUUUACAAAGAUGGCUCUGAUGGCUGAGAAAGCUGCAGGGCUGGAGGAAAAAAAAAAAAAAGAAGCUUAGUGGCAGGAAAUAUUUGUACUGAAGGCCCAAAUAAAUUCCCGCCGUCAUCCCCUGUUUGCCAAUCAGCUCAGCUGCUUGUAAAAAAAACCCAGGUAUAACGUUAACGCAAGAUGUAAAAAAAGAGACACAGUAGAGGAUCUGAGCGAUCGCACAUCCUGCUAGUUUGGUGGGGGAGGGGCUUCAACGUGUUACCAUUACCAAUAGGAAGUGGUUAUCAACGUGAGACGGAAGUGCAUGUAGCAUGGUGCUUUUUAUGGGGCUUUCUGCUGGUUUUAACUGGACUGAAAUAAACAACGAAGAGGAUGGCGACAAAGAUGACAUGAACAGCGACCCAUCUCCUCCAGAGAACUGUAUAUAGAAGUGUCUCCCAGGCAUCGGCUCUUCCCCCCUUUUUUUGUACAGUAGAGUUGACCAGGCAGCGUGGUGGUGACAGUUUGAUGUGUUCAUACUAGUGUUUGAUCAGAGUUCUAUUCAUUGUGCCUUGUAUAUGUAUGUGUGCGUCUCUGUAGGUCUGAACGAGUGUUUGUGUGUGCGUGUGUUUGUGAGUUAGAGACGGACCAGAACUCCCCCAGGGUCCGGCUUUAGGAGAGAUGGUCGUUAGGGAGGUAGAGGACAGACACAAGGUGUUUAAAGAUAUUAUGAAUGUACAUAGACAAACGAACGCUCUUGUUGCGCAAUGCCACAGAGUCUGUGUAUAUAGGAGGGCUCUGCAAUAGAUUCCUGUCUCUUUUGGUACUCUUGUCUUUAGGGGAUAUGAGUCUGGGGGGUGGGGGGGUUAAUAGAUUUUUUUUUUUUUCUUUAGGGUUACAACAAAUAUUUGCACACUAUAUAUUUUGAUUGUUUUUUGUACCAAAGACACAUGUAACGAAAAAAUGGCGACCAGCCAGUUAAAGUAAGGUUUUGCACAGCUUAUCUGACGCCGUAUUGAAUGUAAGAAACGUGGGAGGGUCAGGGAACUUCAUAGAACUGUGAAAUUAGUUUGGGUCCAAUUCUGUACAGAAAAGGAACAUUCAUUUAGUGUCCCUUGCAACGUGGGCUUUUUUUUUUCCUGUAGAUUUCCUCUGUUGCUUAGGAAAGCACUUCAUUCCUAAACUGAUUCCUCCCUGCACAUGCUAAAUGUGUUAAUGGCGCUAGCUAGGAAACAAACAAACAAAAAAAAAAAAAACCCAAGCGCUCACUAGUAGAUAAGCUAAAUUAGUUCUUUUUUUUUUUGCUUGUCAAUAUAUUUCCUGAAAUAACCAAAAUAUUCUUGUCACUCGUUUGAUUUCUGUAUGUAGAUGAGGUCUAGUUCAUGAGCAGAAUAUUAUUUGAGUUGUGUUUCAAAGUACUGUAUAUAGAAGCAUCAAUGCUAUAUCUUUGAGUUGUGAAAAUCAACUUUUCAUGACAAUGAUUUAUUUCUAAGCAUGUCACAUUUCUACUGUCUGUCCUUGCCUUUAAAAAGCUAGUGAAAAAACAACACAAAACAGUAUAUUUUUGUAUUUACGCUGCUUGUUAGUUUCGCCUUUUUUUGGUUUUGAGAUAUUCAUGGAUCAGUGAAAGUGGCAAGGAGGGAAAGAAGAGUCAGACUGAUCUGGUAAUUGUUACAGAAAUCCACUCAGUUUCUUUGCUGAAAGCGAGAAAGACGGAAAACCAGGACUGGAUCAUUUCAGACGCGAUAUCAAAAAGCGUCAGUGUCAUUAGACAGGCUGUAGUUAUGGAGGAUACUCCAUGGAGGCUUAAAAAUCUGUCCUAACCAGGGACUUUAAAAGCUGCUUCACACUGACCUGGAAUCAGCAGCAUCAAUAAGCAAUUUGCUUGCUAAUUUUCCAUUUCCGUGAAACGUUACCAAGGUAGCUACAAACUGAUUCCUAUUGCAGAGACUCCCUUUUUCAUACCCCAGAAAAAAAAAAGGUGAGGCAGAAAAUACCUAAAAAUAUAAAAUGGUGAAGUCCAACUGUAGCUGCCUGGGUCAACCAAACAUGCCGCUGUACAAAAAUAAGCUUCCCAAGAUUUUUAGCUACUCUUAAACACCUCAGUCAUCCUUAACAUCUCUCUUUUACUUCACUGAAUAUCAUCGCCACUCUUAGCUGUGAUGCAUUCCCUGAAAGGGAACAAAAAUUGAGUUUUCCACUGACCAAUCACUGAUCUGGUUCGGUCAUUCUCAAAAUCGUUUAUCCAGUUUCCUGUUUAUUUCAACGUAUUUUUCUGGAUUAACAAUAAAGUAAAUGAAGUCAGCAUUUAUAGGUAUUACCCUUUGAGGUGCAUGGUUGACCUUUACCCGUUUCCUUCUCGUUGCCCUCAGGUCCUUACAAAUACACAUUACAUUGCUCACACCAUACCGGUAGAAACUCUAUACCUUGUAUCAGAUGUUGUGUCCAUCUGUUGCACCCAAACCUCAAAAAAUUAGGAAUCAAUUUUUUAAUUUUAUCAGGAUGCAAAAUGAACUCGAGUUUUGAUUCCAGGGCAGUUUGAGGUUUUGUAGUUCUCAUUUACAGAGCAGUUUCUAAUGACUGUGAGCGUCUCUCGUUUUGUGCCGUGUGAUUAAGUAAUGGCUAAUGCUCUAAAUAUAAUUUCCUUUUUUCCAUCUAAAAGGGAGAAAUGGUGCUUUUUUCUGAAACUAGAAUGACAAGUUUCCAAGAUUUACAUUUUGACUUCUUUGACUAGUUGUAGCCCAAUAAUUUGCUCUACCCUUUCCGUCCGUAGUUAUUUUCCUAGUAGGUAUAUAUUUUGUAAAUAAGCUAUGAGUUAACAUGUACCUUCUAAAUGUUAUAUGUAUAGAUUACCUUAUAUGUUUGAAAAGACAACAGCACUUUGUCAAAAAAAAAAAGAAAAAAAAAUACCAAAAAGAAAAUCUUUUUUUUUUUCUUCCAUUUGCUGCUAAAAACGGCCUGGUGUGAAUGCUGCAGGUGUACUUGCUGACUACUUGCUUGAAUAAGUCUAUUACCUGACAUGGCUAGGUCUACAAACUAGUGAGUAAUAUAAGCGUUUGGCCCGACAAAGGUUAGAUCAACGAACUUUUCUUGAACCAUGUAAUGAUAUGAGGAGUUCUGAGGGACGUAUCGUUGCUUGGCUUCUAGAAAGUGCAGUAUCUGGACAGGAUCGGUCUAUUUCUUGGUCAGGGUGUGAUGGUAUGUUUGUGGUCUUAAGCGAAAAAGAAAAAAAAAGACAAAAAAAAAAA